AUGGCCCACGACCUGGUCGAGCCCGCUCAUCACGAGCAUCACCAUCCCAUCGCCGGCGAGGUCCCCGUUCCCCAUGGCCCUCCUGCCAGCGACAGCGGUGACGAUUCCAUGCUUGGUACUACCCCCGAAGAACGUCGCAUCUUUAGCCAUGUCACCCGCCCAGACGACUCGUACACCCCCGAAGGUGUCUACUGGGCCGAUCUGCCUCUAGCCCAGCGCUUCAAGUUCGUCAACGCCGUCGACCGAAAAGCUGCCAAGGAGGAGCUCGCCACCAUUGGCGCCAUGGUCAAGAAGGAUCCUCUCUCCCCUCUUGGCUGGUACUUUCGCCAUGCCGUCAUUCCCGGUGCUGGCCUUGGUCUUGAGGGCUACGUCCUCUUCUCCAUUGGUAACCUCGAGCCUCUCUUCAAGCAGGUCUGGCCCGAGUGCUGGGGCAAGCACCAAGUCUGCAGCCAAAACUGGCUCGCCGCCGUCACCUACCUUGAGAUUAUCGGUAUCAUGGUUGGUCAGGUUUUUGUCGGCGUCAUCGGUGAUUGGAUUGGUCGUCGUUGGGGUCUCAUCCAAGACGCCAUCAUCAUGUUCAUCGGCCUUCUCAUGCUCACUGCCUCUUGGGGUCUGACUCUCCAAGGCUGGGUCAUCUGCUACGCCUGGUCCCUCUUCUUCUACUCCCUCGGCGUUGGUGGUGAGUACCCCAUCACCGCCACCUCGUCCCUCGAAAACGUCUCCUCCGCCGGCCGCCUCUCCACCAAGGAGGACAGACUGCACCGUGGUCGCCGCGUCACCAUGGCCUUCCUCAUGCAGGGUUGGGGCCAGUUCGUCAACCAGGUCCUGCUCAUCGUCCUUCUCGUCAUCUUCAACUCUGGCUCCGGCUCCCCCCCUUACAGCCACAGCGCCGCCCAGUACGCUUUCCGCCUGUCCUUUGCCUUCCCCGCCAUCGGUACCCUCUGGCUUGUCUACUACAGAACCUGGAAGAUGCCCAAUCCCUCAAAGCAGCUCGCCGCUGCCAAGGCUCGCACCGCAGUCACCGGCUACGAUGUGACGGCGCUCAAGUACUGCUUCACCCACUUCGGUGGCCGUCUCAUCGCCACCGCCGGUGCCUGGUUCUGCAAUGACGUAUUCUUCUACGGAAACAAGCUGUUCCAGGGUCAGUUCAUCAGCGUCAUCUCCCACAACCCCUCCAACCUCCUCACCUCUUGGAGCUGGAAUUUGGUCAACAUUGUCGUCUCUCUCGCCGGUUACUACAUGGCCUCUUUCCUCAUUGACAACAAAAUGUAUGGUCGCAAGAUGAUGCAGCAGGUUGGCUUCUUCAUGUGCUUCCUCAUGUUUGUCAUUCCCGCCUUCAAGUACGAUUACUAUACCAGCCCUGCCGGCAUCCACUCUUUCCAGGCCAUGUACUUUCUCUCCUCCUUCUUCAACCAGUUCGGUCCCAACUCGGUCACUUUCCUCGUCGCCGGCGAGGUCUUUCCCACCCCCAUCCGUGCCACCGCCCACGGUUUCUCCGCCUGCAUGGGCAAGGCUGGCGCCCUGCUGGCCUCGGUCCUCUACAACUACAUCGACACCAAGACCAAGUUCCUCGUCGUGCCCUGGUUCGGUCUCGCCGGUAUGCUGCUGACGUACCUCUUCCUUCCCGAUACCACUGGUCUCGAUCUCAAGGAGCAGGAGCGUCGCUGGCGCUACAUCCGCGAGAACCGCGGCCACGAGUACCACGGUGUUGCCGUCAACCCCCAGCAUCUUUCCGUCUGGGAGCGCCUCAUGGGUCUCGCCAAGUCGUAUGACCCCGAAAAGGACUGGAAGGCCAAGGUUGCCGACAUGCGCAAGGAGUGGGAGGAUGUCCAGGCGGCCCGCGGUCCCAAGGAGACGGAAAACAACGCCGCUGACCACGGCAUGGGCGAUGACGGCGAGUUUUCCCAAGAGAUUCACGAGUACUUCAAGCGCUCUGCCCCUCCCGGCCUCCAUAACCGUGGAGUCCUCGGUGAAAAGAUUGCUCACGAGUCUGAGAAAUAG